AUGGAGUCUCUCCCUCUCCCGAUCCUCCUCUGCUCCCCCCUCCUCAUUCUCCUCCACGCCCCCACAUCCAAAUCGGACCCCCUCUCUAUCAACUGCCCCACCGACGCGAACUACACGGCGAACAGCACCUUCCAGUCGAACCUCAACCUCCUCCUGUCUUCCCUCCCCUCCGCCGCCGCCCCGUCCGGCUUCUACAACACCACGGUCGGUCCAAGCGGCGCCGACCAAGUCUACGGCCUCGCGUUAUGCCGCGGCGACGUCUCCUCUGCCGAAUGCAACACCUGCCUGACUACGGCCGCGCAAGACGCUGUCGCAAAGUGCCCGCGCGGCAUGUCGAACACCCUGUGGUAUGACAAAUGCAUGCUGCGCUACUCCAACUAUAGCUUCUUUGGCAUCGCCGACAGCUCGGCUCAGUUGUACAUGUGGAACAUGCAGAACGUCACGGAUCUGCAGCUAUUUGACGACCAGCUGGGGCACCUGAUGAACAAUUUGGCCACGGAAGCGGCCUACGGGUCGGGGCGGCCGCCGAUGUUCGCGGCAGGAAAAGCCAACUUCACGAACUUUUUGAAUAUAUACGCGACGGUGCAGUGCACGAGGGACCAGACGCCGGACGGCUGCUACGGGUGCUUGACGACUUACAUCGGUAACAUCCCGGCCUGCUGCGGCACGAAGCAAGGCGGGAGGAUACUAGGAGAGACUUGCACCAUCCGGUUUGAAGUUUAUCCGUUUUAUAAUUUGUCGGCCGUCGAGAACGCGGCGAUCGCACCGCCGCCGCCGCUACCGCCACCGGCAGGGUCGAGUCAGAACACGGGUAACGGAAGCAGUCAAACGGGCGGUAAGGGUAGCGGAGGAAUUAAUGGAACUACAAAGACAAUUAUUGUUGUUGCCAUUUCUGUGGUUGCUGCUGCAUUGUUGCUCCUGUCUGCUAUCUUUCUCUGCCUGAGAAUAAGAAAGAAACAAAGAAAACGAGUUAGAAAUGCUCUGAUCACAAAUGGAGGAGAUGAGCAGGAAAUUAGAAGCGCGGAAUCUCUGUUGUUUGAUUUUGCCACAAUAAGAGCUGCCACAAGCAACUUCUCAGAGGCAAAUAAGUUAGGGGAAGGUGGAUUUGGACCAGUGUAUAAGGGCAUACUACAAGAUGGGCAGCAAAUAGCAGUGAAGAGGCUCUCAGUGAGCUCGGUACAGGGGCUUGUUGAGCUGAAAAAUGAAGUGGUGCUUGUAGCAAAGCUUCAGCACAGGAAUCUGGUGAGGCUAAUUGGUUGCUGCUUGGAAGAGCAAGAAAAGCUUCUUAUCUAUGAGUACCUGCCCAACACAAGUCUUGAUAAGUUUCUCUUCGGUAACACAGGGGAUUCUCUCUUGUGGGGGGAGUCGUACACUUCUACCCACUUCUGCGGGAUUGUUUGAAGGUCAACAGUCAACGAGGUCCCACCCGGACGGCAGAUACAU